AUGCACUUGAAGGGAAAGCGUGGGAUCUCGUGGAGCUUGUGCUUUCUGGCCCUGACCUUCUUGCUUGGCUCGGCGGCUUGUGGCCCGCCCUGGUGGAGGAAGGGUCGGCCGAGGAAAAGGCACCGAAGCUUUGCGGAGGUGGAGCUUCUGUCUCGUUUGGCGGAGCUGCUGAUGCCACGCCUUCCCAUAGGCGAGCUCUUCCGAGACUUCACUGUGAAACCGUCGCCGGCAUGGGAUUCGCGUUCGCUGAGCCCGGGCAUCGCUGUGUUCGGCGUGCUGCAGAACGAUGGUGCAGCUCUGUUCGUCGACUACGAUGGCAGCCAUCAGGGCUCGGAUGGGCCGGGUUGCAAUUCGACAAAGCAACACAAGACAAAAGCUCUGCUCCGCUACGCACCUGAGGGCUCGUGCGUGCUGCGAAUAGGCCAUGCAACAGGGAACUGCAGAAGGCAGGAACAUUCGGCGGAUGCGAUAGUGAAUACGUGGCGCGACGGGCAUGAGCCGUCGCUGAUGAAAGCUGUUAGCCAAAGCGUCUGGGCCCUUCUCAGUAGUUGCGACAUCGCGCUUCGAGAGGACGUGUCUCAGCGUCUCCAUACCUUCCAGGUCACCGAGCCGAAGCCAAGAUUCAACGAAGCGCGCAAGUUUGCAAGCAAGGCAGUGCUCGUCGGCGACGUCGAGAACAAGGAGGCCCAGGUGUUUGCCUUUCUGCGAGAACAUCUGAGGUUCUCUGAAGCCCAGAUCCAGGCUUUGGUGGAUAAGUUUCCGAAAAUCUUGCGCAUCAGCAUCGACGACAAGUUGAAGCCGACGGUGAGCUGCUUCGAGGAUCUUGGUCUUAGCGGACAGCAGGUGACCAAAGUCCUUCUUGGUCACCCUCAGGUCUUGCGCUUCAACAUCGAGGCCAAUCUGAAGCCCACGGUGGCCUGGUUUCAGAGUGUGGGUCUGAGCCGAGAGCAGGUGGCCAAAGUCGUUGCAAGUUCCCCUUUUGUCUUGGGCUGCAGCAUCGAGGAAAAGCUGAAGCCGACUGUGAAGUGGCUUGAGGAUGCUGGACUGUGCAGAAAGCAAGUGUGCAAAGCCGUUGCUGGCUUUCCUGGAUUGCUGGGCUUAAGUGUCAAGAGCAACUUGAAGCCGAAAGUGGCCUGGCUGCGGGAUCUGGGGUUGAGCCGACAGCAACUGACCAAAGUUGUUGCUAACUUUCCACAGUUGCUCGGCUUAAGCAUCGGCGCGAAGCUGAAAGCCACAGAGGCCUGGCUUUGGGGCGUCGGGCUGAGCCGAGAGCAGGUGGCCAAAGUCGUUGCUUGCAGUCCUUCGGUUUUGGGCUACAGCCUCGAGGCCAAUUUGAAGCCCAAAGUGGCGUGGCUGGGGGAGGUUGGGCUGAACCGAGAGCAGGUGGUCAAGGUCGUUGCUGGCUUUCCACCAGUCCUCGCUUGCAGCAUCGAGGCCAAACUGAAACCGACAGUGGCGUGGCUUCGCGACACUGGGUUGAGUCGGGAGCAGGUGGCCAAAGUCAUUGGUCGCCUGCCUCAAGUGUUCGGAUACAGCAUUGAUGCCAAGUUGAAGCCCGCUGUGUUGUGGCUACGGGAGGUCGGAUUGACGCAGCUGCAGGUGGCAGGAGUCAUUGCAACCUUCCCGCAUGUGCUCAGCCUCAGCAUGCAGAAUAAUCUCUCUCCCAAGCAUCUUUUCUUGCUGGAGCACUUCACUCGUGACGAACUUCGAGACAUCAUCAGACGUCUCCCUGCACUUCUGGGCUAUAGUUUCGCUCGGCUGCGUCAUCGUCUCCAGGUGUUGCAAAAGCACGACGUGGUGUCAAGGCUGACUGCUGUCAUGACCUGGACGGAUUCCCGCUUUGCGGAACGGUUCCCGUCUUGA